AUCUUAGUAUGCUAGGAUAAUCUAAGUAGCCUUGAUUAUGUGUAAAGAUUAAUGACAGCAAAUAAAUAUUCAUUCUUGUUCAAACCACCAAGAGAACUAGUCUACAUUUGGCGACAACGGAAAAUUUGGAAAACUCGAACCGAUGGCUUGGCCAAUGGUAAACCCUCUCGUUCCGCCAUUUGUUGAGGACUCCGAUGGUCCGACUGCACUACGGUGGGAAAAAUGGCGAGAGCAGUUUGACGCAUAUUUGGCAUGGAAGGACGUAGAGGACCAUGAAGAAAAGUUUAAAUCCCUCAUGCUGUUCGGCGGACCGGACGUGCGGAAGAUCAUCUUGAAGGUUCAGGCAGACGAGGUACACGUUCUAGGAAAUCGGUAUCAAGCUGCAGUACAAUUGCUGGACGAGUAUUUCGUCCCAAGAGUGUCCAAAUCGUACGAACGGCAAAAGUUCCGCCAGAUGCUGCCAGGUCCCAAUGAAAAACUUGACACAUUUGUCAUUCGGCUUCGGAAACAAGCGAGCUACUGCGAUUUCGGCGAUCAAGCGGACGGCAUGGUUGUAGACCAGGUGAUUGCAACGACGAAAAACCAACAACCCCCAAGAAAUUGUCAAAUAUUUCCUUAG